AUUUAACUUCUUAGCGAGAAUGUUGUGGAAACUCGGUCUGAUUGAGGUCAAAUAUUUAGAUAAUUGGAAUUGUGAUGAAGACAAGAUGCGGGAAGAAGAACUUUUGAGAAAUACCUUCUUCUAUGACCUUUAAUAGCCGGUGGCUUUACAGCUCUUCAUCCAUAUGAGAAGUUUCCCCUGAGCUUGAGACAUCUGCCGCGUACUCUGCGCUGUCAAACUCUCUUCCACCGGGAAUAUUACGCGCUUUUGUCAUAGGUUGUUUUAUUACCUCAUUGGAAAAUAUAGGGCGAUUGUUUCGUGGUAGACUUGGGUUGCAUGCAUCAAUGCCAAGAAAUUCCAUAAGGGUGACUUUGCCCAAGGAAAACGUGAGCCAUCUGUGCAGGAUGGAGCCGGCGGCCAAGGAGAGAGGGACGACAGAGAACGGCGGCAGCUCCUCGACGAGGGCGCAGCGCUCCUCCUGCACCAGCCUCAAGAUGUUCCUUGUGGCUCUGUCGUUUGCAUACUUUGCCAAGGCCUUGUCUGGCAGCUACAUGAAGAGCACAAUAACCCAGCUGGAGAGGCGCUUUGACAUCCCCAGUUACCUAACAGGCGUCAUCGACGGGAGCUUUGAGAUAGGUAAUCUGUUGGUGAUAGCAUUCGUGAGUUACUUUGGUGCAAAGCUGCAUCGGCCCAAGAUCAUAGCCAUGGGCUGUGUACUGAUGGCCAUGGGAACAUUCAUCAUCGCUCUGCCACACUUCCUCAUCGGACGCUAUAAGUUCGAAACAUCAAUCCGAUCGUCAGUGAAUUCAACCAAUAACCUCUCUCCAUGUCCAGCACGUCUGUUGUCACCCGCCGCGCUAGCUUCGGGUGACCCGCUUUCUAAGACACCAAGCACAGGGACAGUAGGUUGUGAAGGAGAGUCCAACCUCUCUAUGUGGAUCUAUGUGUUCCUGGGGAAUGUCUUACGAGGGAUCGGGGAGACGCCAGUGCAGCCCCUUGGGAUCUCGUAUAUAGAUGAUUUCGCCAGGGAGGAAAAUGCUGCAUUUUACAUUGGCUGCGUUCAGACCAUAGCUGUCAUUGGUCCUGUGUUUGGCUAUUUACUGGGAUCCCUAUGUGCCAAAAUAUAUGUGGACAUUGGAUUUGUCAACAUGGAGAGUAUCACCAUAAGCCCUGGUGAUGCUCGCUGGGUGGGGGCCUGGUGGUUAGGUUACCUUGUAGCUGGGGUGAUCACCCUGCUUUCAGCCAUCCCCUUCUGGUUCCUGCCCCGUUCCCUGCCCAUCCCGUCAGACCGAGGCCCAGCCCAGUACACCCCGGAGCAGACUAGCUUCAUCAAAGACUCCCCUCUCCUGGAGCAUAAGUACCAAGCCGACGAGCCAGCCAGCUUUCUGGAGAUGGCCAAAGAUUUCAUCCCAACGUUGAAAACCCUCCUGUGGAACCCAGUGUACUUCAUAUACCUGUGUGUAACCAUCAUUCAGCUGAACUCUCUCAUUGGCAUGGUAACCUACAAGCCCAAGUACAUAGAGCAGCAUUACGGACAGUCCGCAUCAAAAGCAAAUUUCCUGAUGGGUACAAUCAACAUCCCUGCCGUGGCGUUGGGAAUUUUCACUGGCGGCCUGCUCAUGAAGAGGCUGAAGCUGAGCAUCAUGGGAGCGGCCAAGUUUGCGUUCGGCACCUCUCUGAUAGGCUACUUCCUAUCCCUCUUCUUCUUCGUCAUGAGCUGCGAGAACGCCAAAGUGGCUGGGAUCACGCUUCCCUACAACCGGGUGGUUGGUGUAUCGUAUGAGGAGCGCUCAGUAUUCUCAGCCUGUAACUCAGACUGUGUGUGUUCAGACAGAGACUGGGACCCUGUCUGUGGAGAGAACGGCAUCACGUACGUCUCUCCCUGCCUGGCUGGCUGCCAGACCUCCACAGGAUCAGGGAAGAACACGGUGUUCUCUAACUGUAGCUGUGCGGUGGCAGCAGGGCUGAGCAGUGGUAACCUGACAGCCAGUGUAGGCCACUGUCCUCACAGAGACGAUUGUGACCGUGUCUUCCCUUACUUCCUGGCUCUCUCUGUCAUCACUUCCUUUAUCAUCUCCCUGGGUGGCACGCCAGGUUACAUGGUCCUCAUCAGGUGUAUCAAGCCUCAACUGAAGUCCUUGGCUCUGGGGUUCCAUACUCUGUCCACACGUACACUUGCGGGCAUCCCAGCGCCCAUCUACUUUGGGGCGAUCAUCGACACCACGUGUCUGAAGUGGGGCCAGAAGAGAUGCGGAGGGAGAGGAGCCUGUCGGAUAUACAACACUACAGCAUACAGGAUAGCUUACCUGGGUCUAACUAUGGGCCUGAGGACGGUUUCCUUCCUGCUGUGUAUACUGGGAUUCGUGCUGCUCAAGCGACACCUGCGGAGAGAGGAACGCAGUGCCCACCAAGUGGCCAACAGAGGAGCAGAACUGGAGGUACUCAGGAAAGAGGAAGUCCUAGCCUCCAACUCGGACCAAUCGCUACGGACUUCCACAACAGACUACAACAACACAGAGAGAGAGACACGGCUGUGACAGUCUGAGACACACGCGAGAUGUGCAGGAACCAACAACACUCUGCGCCAGACCAUCUCAUAAAACAUAAAUUAUAUAUUUGUACUGAACCUGUCUAGGUUAUGUAUAUUUAAAAAAAACAUGUUUUGAUAUAACUGACGUAUUUCAUGGAUGUACCUGCUGUAUUUGACAGCAACACAAAUGUAACAACAAAGAAUGUCAUCUUUGUUGUUUUUUUACAAAGAAAGUAUUUGAUUGGAUUUGUUAACCAUUGGUUAAUUGUUUUUACUGCAGCAAGAGUCCAGUUUCGGUCACUAAGUAUUUUUGCAACAACUCCCAAGGUCGUCAACAUUAUAAUAUUGUUAGACAGCCUCAAUCUGUUGAAAGAGAAUGUCAGACACUGUGUUUCUCUACUGUAAACAUUGCCAAAAUAUGAUCAAUAGCCCUGUUUAUACCUGGUUCGAACAUGCAUCCUUCAUCCUGAUCUUGUCCGUUUACACUUAAUCACAGCAAAUUGGUCAGUGUUAAUAUUUCAGUUUAACAUUUGUAGCUCUGCAAGUGUUAAAUUAACACUGUGGUGUAAAAGAACCCCACUGUUGGUGUUAAUAACAAGGGUUAAACCAAAACCACACCCAUCAUUAUAUUUCCCAGAAUGCUCUAUUGCAGGUAGAUUUUUUAAAAUUGUUUAUUUCAAUAUCUAUGUUUUUGCGUGUACAUCGAUUAAUUAAUUAAUCUUAUGCUACUCAAAUAUAAAUAACAUGCAAUUUUCUAAACUAAUCCAAUAUGUUACUUGGACUUAUUUCACCCGGCACUGAAAUGGUUGUUCCAGUUUAGAUGCUUUAGGUAGUCUCAUCUCUUAUUUUUCCCAACCCGCCAAUCAUUCUGAAUGCAGGUUGCUGGCGAAUGCCAGGUUGCUCCAAAUGUAGGCUAACCCCACUCUGUCUGGAUUCUACUAGGAAUUACACAUCACUUUGCCACCCAGCAUAAUGUGACCUGCACACCUGAUUAUAUCAAGAUGGCGCCAAAGAACAUGGCUGACGUUUUACAUUCUCCCAACCAAUUGUGCUAUUUUGUUAGUUUUUUUGUGUGUAACUUAUUCUUUAACAUAUUUUGUACAUAAUGUUGCUGCUACCGUCUCUUAUGAUCGAAAAUAUCUUCUGGACAUCAGAACAGCGAUUACUCACCGCGGACUGGAAGAAACCUUUUCCUUUAACGAGUCUGACGAGAAGGAUAUCCUGCUUUCAAUGGAACAGGCCCAGAUCCCCACCUUUUUCAUGAAGAAAAGAUGCAGGAAAAGGGACAGCAGAUCGGGCUGCCUUCUGAGAAUCCGUACUCCCACUGUAAACUCCCACUGCCAUCCGUUCUUCUUGCUAAUGCGCAGUCAUUGGAAAGUAAAAUUGAUGACCUACGAUUAAGAUUAUCCUAACAACGGGACAUUAUAAACUGUAACAUUUUAUGUUUCACCGAGACGUGGCUGAACGAUGAUACGGACAAUAUAGAGCUAGCGGGAUUUUCCAUGCAUCGGCAGAACAGAGACAACCUCUGGUAAGACGAGGGGUGGGGGUUUGUGUCUAUUUGUCAAUAACAGCUGGUGUGCAAUGUCUAAUAUUAAAGAAUUCUCGAGGUAUUGCUCGCCUGAGGUAGGGUACCUUAUGAUAAGUUGUCGACCACACCAUCUACCAAGGGAGUUCUCAUCUGUAUUAUUUGUAGAUGUUUAUUUACCACCAGAAAGCAAAGCUGGCAUAAAGACCGCUCUCAACCAACUCUAUAAGGCCAUAAGCAAACAAAAAAAUGCUCACCCAGAAGCGCCGCUCCUAGUGGCCAGCUUAAAUCAGUUUUACCAAAUUUUUACCAGCAUGUUACAUGUGCAACCAGAGAAAAGAAACUCCACACACAGAGAUGCAUACAAAGCUCUCACCUCGCCCUCCAUUUGGAAAAUCUGACCAUAAUUCUAUCCUACUGAUUCCUGCUUACAAGCAAAAAAUUAAAAGUAGGAAGUACCAGUUACUCGCUCAAUACAGAAGUGGUCAGAUGACGCGGAUGCUACACUACAAGACUGUUUUGCUAGCACAGACUGGAACAUGUUCCGGGACUCAUCCAAUGGCAUUGAGGAGUACACCACCUCAGUCAUUGGCUUCAUCAAUAAGUGCAUCGACGACGUCGUCCCCACAGUGACUGUAUGUACAUAUCCCAAUCAGAAGCCAUGGAUUACAGGCAACAUCCGCAUCGAGCUAAAGGCAAGAGCUGCCACUUUCAAGGAGCGGGAGAGUAAUCUGGACGCUUAUAAGAUAUCCCGCUAUGCCCUCAGACGAACCAUCAAACAUGCAAAGCAUCAAUACAGGAUUAAGAUUGAAUCCUACUACACCGGCUCUGACGCUCGUCGGAUGUGGCAGGGUUUGAAAACUGUUACGGACUACAAAAGGGAAACCCAGACGCGAGCUGCCCAGUGACGUGAGCCUACCAGACGAGCUAAAUGCCUUUUAUGCUCGCUUCGAGGCAAGCAACACUGAAACAUGCACAAGGGCACCAGCUGUUCUGGAUGACUGUGUGAUAACGCUCUCAGUAGCCGAUGUGAACAAAACCUUUAAAAAUGUCAACAUUCACAAAGCCGCUAGGCCAGACAGAUUACCAGGACGUGUACUCAAAGCAUGUGCGGACCAACUGUCAAGUGUCUUCACUGACAUUUUAAACCUCUCUCUGACCGAGUCAGUAGUACCUACGUGUUUCAAUCAGACCACCAUAUAUUCCUUGUGCCCAUGGAAGCGAAGGUAACCUGCCUAAAUGAUUACCGCUCCGUGGCACACACUUUGGUAGCCAUGAGUGCAUUAAAAGGCUGGUUAUGGCUCACAUCAACAGCAGCCUCCCGGACACCCUAGACCCACUCCAAUUCACAUACCGCCCCAACAGAUCCACAGAUGACACAAUCUCAAUCACACCCAACACUGCCCUUUCUCACCUGGACAAAAGGAACACCUAUGUGAGAAUGCUGUUCAUCGACUACAGCUCAGCGUUCAACACCAUAGAGCCCACGAAGCUCAUCACUAAGCUAAGGACUCUGGAACUAAAUACCUCCCUCAGCACCUGGAUCCUGGACUUUGACUGGCCGCCCCCAGGUGGUAAGAGUAAGCAACAACACGUCUGCCAAGCUGAUCCUUAACACUGGGGCACCUCAGUGGUGUGUACUUAGUCCCCUCCUGUAUUCACUGUUCACCCCAUGUCUGCGUGGCCAAACACGACUCCAACAUCAUCAUUAAGUUUGCUGACACAACAGUGGUAGGCCUGACAACGAUGAGACGGCCUAUAUGGAGGAGCUCAGAGAACUGGCAGUGUUGUGCCAGGACAACAACCUCUCCCUCAAUGUGAGAAAGACAAAGGAGCUGAUCGUGCACUACAAGAAAAGGAGGGCCGAAUAGGGCCCCAUUAACAUCGACCGGGCUAUAGUGGGGCGGGUCGAGAGAUAAAAAUUCCUUGGUGUCCACAGCACCAACGAACUAUCAUGGUCCAAACAUACCAAGACAGUCGUGAAGAGGGCACGACCAAACUUUUCCCCCUCAGGAGACCGAAAAGAUUUGGCAUGGGUCCCCAGAUCCUCAAAAGGUUCUACAGUUGCACCAUCGAGAGCAUCCUGACCGGUUGUAUCGCUGCCUAGUAUGGCAACUGCUCGGCAUUUGACCGUAAGGCGGUACAGAGGGUGGUGCAAACGGCCCAAUAGAACACUGGGGCCAAGCUUCCUGCCAUCCAGGACCUAUAUAAUAGUCACUUCACCCCCACCUACAUGUACAGCUUACCUUAACUACUCUGUACACCUGCCUACUGACUCGGUACCGGUGCCCCCUGUAUAUAGCCUCAUUAUUGUUAUUCUUAUUGUGCUACUUAUUGUAUUAUAUUUUCUUAACUCUUUUAAUCUGCAUUGUUGGUUAAGGGCUUGUAAGUAAGCAUUUCACGGUAAAGUCUACACCUGUUGUAUUCGGCUCAUGUGACAAAAAGUUUGAUUUUGCCUGUGAGUUUCUGGCUACUGUAUUAGGGUUCAAACUAAGUCCUCAAAAUAAGGACUUGUGAGUUGUGUUGUACUGUCAUAUAUAAUUUUAUUUUAAUGAUAACAUUCACUUAAGUUCUCACUUGGUGAAGGUUAAAGGGCCAAAGUUGGAUGAAUGCAACAACCAUAUCUUUGUCACUAACAAAUACAGUCAUGGGUGGUAACUCCACAAUUCACUUGAAAGGCAAGGCACUCUGGGAAAUAUUCAAAUAAGUCUUUACACUAAGUGUGAUAAUUUAACACUGAAAAGUGUACAGUAUAGACAAGGACCAGUGUUAAAUGUAACACUCAGUAUGGAUUUAACACUGGAGAAUUUGCUGUGUAAGAUCUGAUCACAAUCACAUCACAAUGCACCUGUCUAAAAAUGUGGGCACAAUCAGAAUGACGACAACGGACACAUGUUAGCACCAGGUAUAAACAGGGCUACUGUUCAUGUCUGUGUGACUGUGUUGUGCCACAGGAUGCCACUGUGCCAGCUUACCAUAGCUGUUCUCUGCCUUUGUUGUGCAGCAGGUGCUUUCUUAUUUCAAUUCUGAUCAAAUCCACGAGGUGGAAGUAUUGUAUACUGGUAGUAAAUUAAUCUCUGUCUAGAAAGUUACAGUAAAAUCACAAUGAAUUGUGAUACAUACAAUUAAUAAUGCAAAGAUCAUUAUAGAUAUCAAAUGCACAUCCACUGAACCAUUACAGUUUUAUAGUUCUACCAUCAGUGACUAUCCACUGUAGGUGUCAUUCAUUAUGAGAAGUAAAGAAAAUGUGCGUAAUUUAUUGGUCAA